CUCCAACUUCCGGCCGCCAUGUCAGUGACGCACGGACUUUACGCAGCGCGCUCUCUCUGCCAGUGACGUGGCCGCCGGGAUCCGCCAUCUUGUGCCGGACUAACCAACGCCUCAGAGGAAAGCCGCGCCAGGGGGACCGGCCGGGACACACAGAGACAGGGUUUUUUUUUUUUGCCAUUCCUGAAACCUUCACAUUUCCAUCAUGGGGAAUAUGUUUGCCAACCUCUUCAAGGGCCUUUUCGGCAAGAAAGAGAUGCGUAUCCUGAUGGUGGGGUUGGAUGCUGCUGGUAAAACCACUAUUCUAUACAAGCUGAAGCUAGGAGAAAUUGUGACGACCAUCCCCACAAUAGGUUUUAAUGUUGAGACAGUAGAAUAUAAGAACAUCAGUUUCACGGUGUGGGAUGUGGGUGGCCAAGAUAAGAUUAGGCCUCUGUGGCGUCACUACUUCCAGAACACACAAGGUUUAAUCUUCGUGGUGGACAGCAAUGAUCGGGAGCGAGUGAACGAAGCACGGGAGGAGCUGAUGAGGAUGUUGGCGGAAGACGAGCUACGAGACGCUGUAUUGUUGGUGUUUGCUAACAAACAGGAUCUGCCGAACGCCAUGAACGCAGCCGAAAUAACAGACAAGCUAGGACUGCAUUCCCUCCGCCAUAGAAACUGGUACAUCCAGGCAACUUGUGCAACUAGCGGAGAUGGUCUCUAUGAAGGACUGGAUUGGCUGUCCAAUCAGCUCCGGAACACAAAAUAAAUCCACCAAUCAUAUAUAUUUUAUUUUAUUUUCCUGGGUUUAUGUUUUUUUUGUCCCCACCCCCAUCUCCUCUUCAUGCCUUCCUUACUCCCUCCUAUUUGCUUCUCUUUAAUGUGGCAAACUGGUCAACUUUGCGGUCUUGAGUGCUGGAACCAGUACUUGUGUUUUUCAGCAGUAUGUAUCUCACCAAUUGCUGUACAUGUGGCAACGAAGAGCC